UACAACCUUCAUCUUAUGCUUCUACACGUGUGGUUGAACCCCCACGCCAACCGAUGACCUCGGAAGUGUGGGGGGAUAAUUCCGAAAGAACGGAAGCAAUUCCGCUUUCUUGUCAUCAUCAUCAAAGAUGGACGUUGAGACAUUCCGGAAAGCAGGCUAUGCAGCCAUUGAUGCGAUAUGCGAUUACUAUAAAUCUAUGGACUCACUUCCUGUGAUGGCACAGGUAGAACCAGGAUUCCUACGAAAAUCAAUACCGGAAGAAGCACCGGAAAAAGGUGAAGAAUGGAAUGUGAUUGCAAAAGAUUAUCAAGAGAAGAUCUUACCUGGAAUAACUCAUUGGCAACAUCCUAAUUUCCAUGCAUAUUUCCCGUCAAAUACUACAUUUGAAGGUAUGCUGGCAGAUCUACAUGCGAGUUCAGUCUCUAAUCCAGGUUUUAACUGGUCGGUAUCGCCUAGUGUGACAGAAUUGGAAUUGAUCACACUGGAUUGGACAGCAAAGAUGUUUGGAUUGAGUCAAGACUUUUAUACGACAAGCGAAAGAGGAGGCAGUAUUAUCCUAAACAGUGCAUCUGAGGUAGCAAUCACAGUAGCCGUUGCCGCACGAGAAAAGAUCUUAGCAACAAUGGAGAACAAGAAUGAAGUCUCAAUUAAACAAACACAAAUAGAAGAUGUUGCUUAUUGGAGAGGGAACGCAACCAGUAAGCUGGUCAUGUACGGAACUACACAAACACAUUCUAUUGGUGUAAAAGCAGCAAUGGUUUUAGGAUUACAGUUCCGUGCAAUCGAAGUGGAAGGGAAAGACCGAUUUGGUUUAAGGGGAGAUGCGUUACGCAAAGCUCUGAAGGAGGACCAAGAAAAGGGUUUGGUACCAUUUAUGCUGAUUGCAACUAUUGGCACUACGAGCUCAGGUGCAGUGGACCGACUGGAUGAGAUUGAAGAAGUGACGAAGGAUUAUCCUGAUCUAUGGAUUCAUGUUGAUGCAGCUUAUGCAGGAGUCUGUCUCGCCUUGCCAGAGAUGCGAUCAACAUGCUAUCUUGAUGUGAUUAACAGAAAGGUAGACUCUUUCUCUACCAAUCUACAUAAAUGGGGUUUAGUUACGUUCGAUUGUUCGCCCUUGUAUGUUCGUCAACGGGCGGAUCUCUCUAAUGCACUCACGGUAACUCCGCAAUACCUGCGUACAAAGCAAGGUGAUGCAAAUUCAGCCUUGGAUUUACGCAACAUGCAAUUAUCACUAGGAAGAAGAUUCCGUUCGCUAAAAGUCUGGUUCACUCUUCGUUCCUAUGGUCAAGAAGGUUUUCGCCGGCAUUUACGCAAUGGUAUAGAAUUAUCUCAAACUUUCAAUGAACUCAUCGCUACGCAGAGAGCCCCACUCAAGAUUGUCACACCACCUCAAUGGUCUUUGACCGUAUUCAGACUAGAGCCAGCAGGAAUGAAGGAUGAAAAGGAAUUAGACACACUAAACAGACGAUUUUGGGAUGAACUUCAAACACGCAGUGAUGCUAUCCUACUUACACAAACGAUUUUGCCAGAAAUAGGAUUUUGUAUUCGAUUCGUGGUCGGAACGCCAUCUUCGAAGGAAAGUCAUAUAGAAAAGGCUUAUGAUAUUAUUUGCCAAAUUGCUUUGAAAGUAUUGCAAGAUGCUCAAUAGAUUUGCUUCUUCUGUAAUUUAUGUAUUUUUAUAAUCCCUUCUAUAAUGCAAAAAAAUGCACUUCGA